AUGCUGUGCAAGGCUGAUGAUGGUGCAAGCCUGGUAAUCAGCUACUCUCAAGGAAGGGAAGUUGUAGAGAAGCAAAGGCAACAGUAUUCUGAUGUGGUGAUUUCUGACCUGCCUGAUAGACUUACUUUGAAGAAGGUUGCAGCCAAUCAUUCAUUUGAGAUAGCUAAAUUUGAAGACGAGCCUGGUUUCUACUUUGCUGUUUUGAAGUAUAUAUUUGGAAAGAAUUCCUCUAUGGAGAAGAUCCCAAUGACUACUCCUGUGUUCACUCGGGCAGUUGAUGCUGAUUUGUCUAAAGUAUCUAUUCAAAUAGUUCUGUCAUUAGAGAAAGAUCUGAUCAGGAUUCGAUUCCGCAUCAAUGCUGGAACAAACCAGCUAACACACCAAGGAGCCAGCCCUCAAUUGAGUUGGUGGCAAGCCAUUCCUCCCAUAGUGGAGGCACAAGAUCAAACAAACAUGUCUGCAGGCUCUUUGUGUUUGCCAGAUCCAAACAAAGAAGCACUUAUCUUGAGAAAAGUGGAAGGGGGCAUUGUUGCAGUAUUGAAAUUCAGUGGAAAACCAACUGAAGACAUUGUUCUUCAGAAGGAGGAAGCAUUGCGCUCUGCACUUCUUAGUGACGGUUUCAAACCAAAAGAGGGUUGUUUGCUUGCUAGAUACAAUGAUGUAGGGCGGACAUGGAGUUUCAUAAUGAGAAAUGAGGUGUUGAUAUGGCUUGAAGAUUUCACAUUGGAGUAG